AUUUGUCAAAGGACAAACGCGACUUCACCUUCAGACUGUCCGUCGCCAUUGGCUUUCCUCCCAGCCAGCUAUUUCUUUUCGACCCUCGCUGCUCUCUGUUGCAUUCUGAUUUUCUCAACCCGCCAUUUCUACCCAUCCACCAUUCGACUCUACGCAUCGCGACACCACCCAAAAAUCAUCCAGUGCACUCUUCUUCUCCGGCACGCUUGCGAGCUGGACUCAUACGCGUAUGCGCAGAACUUAAUACCAAUCGACGAUAGUGGUGGAGAUGGCUCCUGUGAAACGAAAGCGAACGGGUGACAUGGGCGACGGUCGACCCUCUCCCCAUCGACCCGAUACUACCAAUCUAGGCCGACACUCAGAAAUGAUGCGCGACGGUGGAAACAGAAGAUCAAGCAGGGGAGGGCAAGGAGGUCGAGGCGGGCGCAGUAGGAAUGAUGAUCGCAACAACCCCAAUAAGCUCACGGUCUCUGCCAGAGCAACACCAACACCAGGACCGAUGUCUCCGCCGACGAGAACUGGCAGUGCUGCACAAACUCCAACCACCGCGGCCUACGAAGUCCCCAGUCCCGUGGUAAAGCGCGAUGUUGCUCCCUUCGAUUAUGACUUUGUCACCGAUGAGCGAGUUGCAUCCUGGAGCACAAGCGGCCGGCAAGAGGUAAUUGAAGCUGGCAGACAGGCACGUCAAGAUGAGGACCCUAUGGAUCUGGCUUCAAUCUUCCAAGAACUUGCACGAGCAAGCUUGGAUGGCAGAAUUGAUGCUGUGGAUGGAGGAACUUGUGUCAAGGAGAUUCUAGCACCAGACGCUGCUCCUGCGGCAGGUUCAUCUGGCUCAUUUGAUGCGCAAACACUCUUUCUAGACUCGUUGUCCAUGAUCUUCGAUGCGGAACCGCCGCCCUUCAAUCCAGCUAUGCGACCAUUCACGGCCUCGACCGGUAUAUCCCAUGAUGUUUUGCGCCAAAUACUUGACGCACAACUCCUCCAAAAUCUUGGUCUUACAAGAGAUACCUUCAUUCGCGUCGGUAUUCGACAGGCGACUCAUCUUCUAUAUCGACAGGCAAACUACAAUUUACUGCGAGAGGAAAGCGAGGGAUACUCGAAGUUGGCAACCGAGCUUUUCACGGCUAGCGGAGGAAACUCACAAUUUCUCGACUACGCAACGAGCGAACACGUCGAAGAUGCCUUUGAGAGAGUUAAAGGAUUGAUUGGUACUUUUGAUCUUGAUGUUGGUCGGGUUCUGGAUAUCACGUUGGAUGUUUUUGCGGCGCUCUUGAUCAAGCAAUACAAGUUCUUCGUCAAAUUCCUUCGAGUUAGUUCCUGGUGGCCUAAAAACCCACUGCAGAGUAAUGUCACAGAUAUGGAAGGACUUCCAAAGUGGGCGUUACCAGGUUCUGAUAUACCGGUCUCGCCUCCAGGUGUUGACGACGACAAGUUCAUAUCAGCUCGAAUCCUGAGAGAUACUGCCUUUUGGAACCGUGCUCGCGAAAUUGGCCUGGAUGCAUUUUUCGAGCUUGGGGGUAGAAAAGCGAUUGAUUCUGACAGUAAAAACCGAAUACUCAACAAGGAGGGAAAAUCGGAAGCGGAGUUGGAUGCGGAUCGAAAAUGGAUCGAGGAGACCGGAACCUUACCACCCUCUGGAAAUCGGAUUGCAGCCCAAUUGUUAGGUUUCAAAUUACGCUACUACGCCUCGAGUGCUCGCAACAAAGGAGAAAGUCUCCCGGCUAAUUUGAUUUAUCUGGCUGCUUUACUCAUUAAAAUCGGGUUCAUCUCCUUGAGAGACCUCUACCCUCAUCUGUACCCAUUGGACGAAGAUAUGCCCGCGGUCAGAGAAGCAAAGGAGAAGGAAUUGGCUGAAAAAGAAAAGCUCACGAGACCUAGUGGUGCAGCUAACGCCUUAACCAUGGCCGGUGCUCUUGCUGACGAUACUCUACCAAAUGGAGGCAGAACACGAGAUGCUCCAACGAAAUCAGACACUGCCGCUCCAGCUACCGCUGAGGCAGAGGUGAAGGAUGUUGAUGAUCCCCCAGAUCAGAAAAUCCAACUUCUGGUUUGCCUUCUCACAGUCGGCGCUAUUCCCGAGUCCUUGUUCAUUCUGGGACGCUUCCCUUGGAUUCCCGAAUUAUAUCCUGAUAUUCUUCCGCUUAUCCACCGCCUUUUAAACUAUUCAAUCAAGGAUAUGUACGCAUUGAGUCGUCCCACAUCACCACAAUCUUCCUCUGACUGUACCACCAAAAAAUAUGUCGACCCCGACCAAAGCGGCAUGCCCAGAGGCCAAAUUCGCCUGGCUCAAGUUACACCUAGAAACCUUCUACGAUGGCCGUUCCCCGAAAAGUAUGAUGUUGGUGAGAACUUGGCUUACAAAUUCUAUUGGGAAGAAUGGCCAGAUAUCAUUCCCGUCUGCCAAAGCGUAGACGAUGUAUUUACACUUUGCAGUACUCUUCUCAACCUUUCAGGCAUCAAUAUUGGCAAGGAUGCUCCUCUGCUUUCUAAACUCGCCAGAAUCGGUGUCAUGAGUCUGACGAAGGACAACUCUCCACAAAAUCUUGGACGAUGGCAAGACCUUCUCAAGAGACUGCUCGUGCCAGCUCUCAGCAUGACACAAGCCAAUACUGGUGUUGUCAAUGAUGUCUAUGACGUGCUCAGAUUCUAUCCGGUGUCGAUCAGAUAUUCGAUUUACGCCGAGUGGUAUGAGGGACAAAUCUCAAGAUUACCAAUCAUGAAAAAGGCUUUUGCCCACACAAAGAUUCAGACUCAAAGCACGAUGAAACGGAUCAGCAAAGACAACACAACCCAUAUGGCCAGACAACUCGCGAAGAUAGCUUAUGCAUCGCCCGGUGUUGUUUUUAAUGUUGCCCUUGGUCAGAUCGAGGCGUAUGACAAUCUCACAGAGACAUUCGUUGAAUGCGCUAGAUAUUUCACUGAUCUUGGAUAUGAUGUCCUUGUCUGGUCACUCAUGAGUUCAUUGGGAGGCAAGGAUAGAAACCGCAACAAUGCCGAGUUUGCUCUCCUUCCAAGCAAAUGGCUUUUGGCACUGUCGAGAUUUACUGGAAAAGUGUUCAAGCGAUACUCCAUCAUGAAUCUUUCACCCAUUGUCCACUAUGUCAACGACCAGCUCUACCAUGGAAACUCCACCGACUUGGUUAUUCUACAGGAACUCAUUGGGCAAAUGGCUGGUGUUGUUCCAGAUACGGACUUCAACGAUGCUCAGCUUGCAGCCGUGACAGGUGGCCCAGCCCUUCGACGAUGGACUCUGACGAAUCUCCAGGAUAGACGUUACCAAUCUGAGAAGACAGCCAAGAGACUGCUCAAGGCUCUAACGGAGACAAGACUUGCGGGUCAAAUAUUGAUCUCUAUCGCCCAACACAGACAAUCGGCCAUCUAUGGGGUCGCCGAUUCGCAAGCUCAUAUCAAAAUGCUGGCUACCAUGAUUGAUAACACCAAUUUAAUGUUGUUUCAGUACUUGGAUCUGCUAAGCAGCAACUUGGACCAUGAUGAGUUCGACCAGCAGGUCCCAGGGAUUGCGCAGAUGCUGACAGAUUUUGGCAUCGAGCCUCGCCUUGCAUUUUUGAUCGGUCGCAAAAGUUUCAAGUACCGUAUUUCACACAUCUCAGCACCGGCUGUGAAUGGUGAUAACACUGAAUCUCAACAACCCCAGCAAGGCUCAAAAACUGACGCUGAGGGAGAUGUGGGAAUGAGUGAGAUUGGCGACAAAAUCAACGGCGAAGCUUCGAAAGGAGAAGGUAGUACCCACGGCGACGUCCAAAUGACAGAUAGUUCCUCUCCUCCAGCCUCAACCAACGAAACUCCGAGUCCGCUGUCUGACGCAUACGGGGAUAUUAUGAAUCCUUUGUUGACAUCCGUCAAGCAAGUCCUACCCGAGUCUACCUGGAACGCGAUGAGUCCCGACUUUUAUAUCAAAUUUUGGGGUUCAACUCUGAGCGACUUGGGAUCCCCUGAUGUUUUAUAUCACGCAGAAUUAAAGAAGCUUCAGCAUCAAGAAAAAAUCGCCAUCACUGACAGUUCCGAUCGAAGUCGUGCGGGAAUUGCAAAGAGAGACGAACUUCGAAAGACAUUAGGCCAAAAUCGGGAGGCGAUUCAUGCAGAAAUGACCGCCGGUAUUGCUGCUUAUCCCGCCAUCAAAGCUAGACUACUAAAAGGCAAAAACCAGUGGUUCUUACCUACCGCCAAAGCGGAUGAUAUCAGCGACGAGUUUCUCGAGAAAUGCAUCAUUCCACGACUUCUUUUGUCGCCUACAGACGCUGAAUUUGCCUUCCGCCUGAUCAAGUUUUUGCACGACCAAGGAAUCCCAAACUUCCGAACACUUUCUCUAUACUCGCGAAUUUUCAAAUCCAACCGUCUCCGAACUCUCAUUUUCACUUGUAGUAUUCGGGAGGCUGAGAACCUAGGCCGCUUCCUCAAACUUGUACUUUCUGAUCUCCAGCUCUGGCACAACAAGGCUUCAUUUUAUGAAGAACAAGCAUGGGGCAAGACUAAAUCGUUGCCUGGAUUUGCGAAAUCGAUGAACAGCGAUGGAACACCAAAAGGUUUACUUGAGUAUGAAGGAGAAGAAAGCAAUUCGGUGAGCUUCAAGAACCUCCUAUUGGCGUGGCACAAGGCCUUGAAUAGUGCAUUACGUGACUGCUUGGAUGGGUCAGAAUGGAUGCACAUCCGAAAUGCAAUUACUGUACUGAAAACCGUCGGAGAUGUAUUCCCCAUGAUAGAUUUCAUGGGCCAAGGCUUUAUCAAGCAGCUUGAGACCAUUGCGGCACGGGAGAAGGGACGUCGUGAGGAUCUUGCACUCACUGGCAAUGCUGUUUUGGUUCAGUUGAAGAAGCGCAUGGAUAAUUGGGUGCUGGUCCAGGCAUUUGGACAUUCGAUGGUAAGCUGCCAUGUUCGUCGUAACAAAACCGAAUCUAAUAAAUUACUUCAGGGCGUACCAGGACAAAAUGGAAACUCGACGCCAUCCUCACAAGCAAAAGCUCCCACACCAAAAACCACGUUGAAGCCUACAGCACCAGAGUUUCAACCUUCUCGAGCAAGGUCAGUUCAUUUUUCACAAGAUAACUCGUUGGACGAGACUAAUCAUCUACAGCCCCACCAGUAUAUCCACCCCCAAGCUCGGAGAGGUCGAAGAUGGCGAAGUAGAUGAUGCCAAGAACGCUGCCGCUGGCGCUAAAGCUACAAAACCUGCUGUUGAUGCCACGGCCACAACUCCAGCACCGCAAGCUGCCCCGGAGCCCAAGGAUGGGAGAUCGGAAGUUCUCAUCCAAAGAGAACGAAUCCGGAGAGAGAAUGCAGCAAAAGCUCAAUCAGCGGCACAAUCUCAUUCUAGUGCUCUAUCAUGCCCUGAUACGUCCAGAGUUAAUAACUCCAUGGUAUUGCCUGAUCGUGGUCCACUCAGUCUACCAUCUCGACCAGAAGUUCCCUUCCCAGGUCGGUCUCUUGAUCGACACCGACAACACCCUGAUCGUAGAGACAUCAGAGACCCGGGUCCUGGUCGAAUGGAUCGACCUGGAGAUCGCCCACGUGAAUACAAUGGCAUUGAUCGACGUGGUGAGCCUGGUGCUAGAGAUUUCGGAAGACUGCCUGAUAGGAUUCCAGGACCAGACCGUGAGCGUACAAGACCUGAUCCUCCGCCUCGUUGGACACCCGAUUCAUCUCGUGACAACGCCAAUAUCGACAGAGCUGCCAACUCUGGUCGAUCUAACGACGGCAACGGUAGGAUGCCUCGUGAGAAUGGGAUGCCUCCACCUAGAGCUUUGGGAGUCACAGCAGAUCGUGGUGCACCACCAAUCAACCCAGACAGACUUGACAGAAUUUCUCAUGUCUCUCCAGACCUUAUUAAUCCUGAGCGCGCUGCACUCAUAUCUUCCGAUGUUCGCUCAGAAUCUCCACGACGACACCGUGAUGAUAGAGACAGAGGGGGGCCUCGAGUUCAGUCACCACCCAGAAGUCACGGAUCCGACCGCGACCACUUGGACGGCAGACGUGAUGAUCGACCAAGCCGCGCAGGGCCUGGAGAUAACCACUCUUCUCGGGGCCGCAAUGACGAGAUCCCACCUCCUCCUGCUGGUCCGCGCAAUGACAGACCUUCCGAGAGAACACUUGAACGAAAUGACAGAUCUGGGGCCUUUCAAUCUCCACCAAAUCCCCGCACAGUUGACCCAAAUCAUGGAAGACUGAAUCCAGCACCCCAACAAGAUCCUAGUUUCGGUCGUCUGAAUCCCGCACCGCCUCAGGACAUACCUUCUGGGCCAAGAGAUAGACAUCUCCGUGGUAGUCGCAACAUUAGUGGCCCGGCUCGCAGUGAUGGAAGAGAUGCUAGGGCUCAACCAGAACAAAUUGCACGACCUCCAACUCCAGAGAAGCAACCGCCAACUGGUCCAGCAUCAGGUCGUCACUCGCGACGAACGGCAUCAGGUCAAUUUGAUAAUGUGUCACUUCAAUCUGGUUCUGCACCAAGUACGCCCACUGUAGGAGUUGCCUCAACUGCGAUGCACACACAUCCCGACAGAAUGAGAGUCAUCGGAUCAAACCCCCAGACUCCAGUAGCCACUCCUCCCAUGCAUCCUGAUAGAAUGAAGGCUGCAUUUGGCAGUGAACCACACAGCAGACCGCCUCUACCUCCAAAUCAAAUGCACAGCAGCGGAGGUCGAAACAGACCACCAGUGCCAGCGGUAAAUACGGCUACCCCGCCUUCUGGACCAAAAGGGGUACAGCAGAGUCCUAUUACCCCUAAUUCAAAUGGUAUGGUGCCGCCAACUGGCCCAUCAUCUAGUAACGAACGACAACAACGGGGCGGUGGCGCAAGAAGACAACUUACUGGUAUAAACUCGAUGCUUCAGCAAGCUGGACAACCAGAUCGCAUGAAUGUACGUGGCCGUGGGGGUGUUAGAGGUGGCAUGCAGCAGGAAUCUCCAAUUAGUGCUUCGCCUAAUAGCAUGAUUCCCCCACCGCCUCCUCCUGGAAGACCAGGGCCAAGAGAUCAAAUUCCUGACCGUGUUGAAUUGUUUGACAAUAAUGAAGCUCCUCCUGUCGAAGACAGAGAAAAGCAACGCAGCAGCAGACGACCUGGUCGGCACAGUCGUCGAAGUUCGCGAAGUCCGGAUCGUGUUCGUGAGUCUAAGCGUACGGGUGCUGACGAUGAACGGCCUUCUAGAAGUGAGCACCGUGAACGUAGAGGUGGUGAUCGUGGACUUGAACGAGAUCCAGAACGAGAAAGACAUCCAGGUCGCUCGCCACAUCGGGAUCUUGUGACUGGCAGAGAGCCUGGUGGUAGUUCGCGAGAUGGUGGUCGUGAACGAGACAGCCACCGAGAGUCUGGGCGUCGUGAUGGUAGAGAACGCGAUGUCGUGAGAGACCCGCAUGAGGUGCCUUGGAGUGGUGAUAGAGGGGGUUCUGAGAGAACUGUUGGUGGAAGAAGCAGAGAGGAUCGUCCAAGUCGUGGCGAUGAUCGCAGAGGCGGUGAGGGACGUGAUACCCGUGGAAGUCGUGGAGAUGAUAGUGGGAGAAAGCGACGAGGUGAUGAGGGAGGAAUGGAUUCGAGAGGUCAUGAAGGCAAGAGACCUCGUCGUGCGUAG